GCUUGACUUGAGCCCCGCCGAAGCGAAGAGUAGCGGUGCAUACUAUUGUACUUUUAUUAAUAGCAAUUGAAAGAAAGGGAGGCUGGAGGAAGACUCACGUAAAGCACCCCAUCAAUUCCACUCGCCUGCUGCAUGCCCAUCAAGAAAACCCCCAACGCCGUCCUCCUCCAAUUCUCCUUCCCGAAAACAGCAAACAGAUCCGCAACCUUUACUUGCUCAGGCAACUCGCCCGCUUCUCGCUCUUCAAUCUUCUCUCGUUCCGCGGCAUCGAUCCCGAGCUCCUCCCACAUCUUCAUGGCUUCACCGUGUCGUCCGCAAGCUGCGAGCCAUCUGGGUGAUUCGACGAGGAAGAAGAGGGUGGAGAGCGUGAAGAGAAAGGCGAGUAGGGCUUGGAGCGCGAAUGGGAUGCGCCAGGAUGCGGAAGAGGCUAUGGAGACGCUGCCAUAGCAGGUGAAGUAGCAGAGCAGACGCCGAUCGUGGUUAGGAGUUGGGGGAUUGAGGCAAGUGUCCCUCGUGAUCUUGGGGG